AUGACCCUUGACUACCAAAUCGUCAACCAGACUCUUAAACGGUCACAGCCUCCAACGCCAAGCAGUGCGCUUCUGCUACAGCAUGGGCACCCUUCUCCCGAGAGUGACACUGGCCUUACUGGAAAUCCACUCACCAAGUUACUAACUCUUGGGAAAGAAGAUGACAAUGUGGAAUGGCAUAUGGAAGACGUUAUUGAGGAUAUAAUCGGUAUGGAAUCAAGUUUUAAAGAGGAAGGAACAGACUCUCCUCUGCUAAUGCAAAGAACAUUAUCUGGAAGUAUUUUGGAUGUGUAUAGUGGUGAUCAGGGAAUUUCUCCAGUUAAUAUGGGCCUUACAAGUGCUUCCUGUCCAAGUAGUCUGCCCAUGAAAAGAGAAAUUACAGAAACAGAUACACGAGCUUUGGCAAAAGAGAGACAAAAAAAGGACAACCACAAUCUCAUUGAAAGAAGAAGAAGGUAUAACAUUAAUUACCGAAUCAAGGAGCUUGGCACUCUUAUUCCAAAGUCUAAUGAUCCUGAUACGCGCUGGAACAAAGGAACCAUUCUGAAAGCAUCAGUGGAGUACAUCAAGUGGCUACAAAAAGAACAACAGAGAGCUCGAGAAUUAGAACACAGACAGAAGAAAUUAGAGCAGGCUAACAGGCGGCUUCUACUCCGAAUUCAGGAACUAGAAAUACAGGCUCGUGCUCAUGGUCUGCCAGCCCUGGCUUCACUUGGCACAGUUGAUUUAGGUGCUCAUGUCACCAAACAACACACCCAUCUUGAGCAGAAUUCAGUAGACUAUUGCCAACAACUGACUCUGUCUCAGGGGACCAGCCCUGAGCUCUGUGAUCAAGCUAUGGCCUUCUCUGAUCCUUUGUCACACUUCACAGAUUUAUCAUUUAGUGCCUCUUUGAAAGAGGAACAAAGAUUGAAUGACAUGCUACUGGAUGACACAGUAUCUCCAUUUGGAACAGAUCCUCUGCUGUCUGCCACUUCCCCUGCAGUUUCCAAAGAAAGCAGUAGGAGAAGUAGUCUUAGCUCAGACGAUGGCGAUGAGUUAUAA